AUGGAUGUGCAGCCCAACGCUGCCACGAAAUCAGACCUGGAAUAUUUCCAGACGCAAAUGAAGAAUGUGUAUGCCACACAAGCGGAGCAUGCUGAUCGUCUGAUGCGCCUUGAGCAACGUCAAGAAGGAGACUCAAGGUACAAGUCCGCCUGGGGGACUCAAUCACCAUUCUCUGGCUUGUUAAAUGGCAAUUCACAGCACGACACUACGUACAAUCCUGCUGCCGAGGCCUUUAAGAGUUUUGACCAAGACCAACCGAGCAACAUGAUGGGCAGUCUACACCUAGACACAGACGACGAACCGCGAAGAGGAGCCUCCCGAGCCAACAGCGUACGCUUUGAUGAAAGUGCUAUCCACGGUCACUUCACCCAAGGUUCUCGGACUGCGAAUGAGUUCUUCCCUUCGAGGUCUGGCAGUGCAUUUGGGUCCCACCCAUUGACAGAGCGCUCUACGUCUCACAAAUCAGAAGGUCGCCAAAGUUCCACACACUCGGCUCGCGCAAGCAGCAUCGGUGUAGAAUCUCGUCCUCUUUCCGCUACAGUGGCUCCGUUCACACCCUCGAGCGCUUUGACAGGCCCACCUCCCGGGCUUUUUAUUCUGGGACCUGUACCAUCAAUAAUUCGCUGCUGGCUGGACACAAACUUUUCGAACGAUUCUCUGAUGUACGCCGCAGUCUGUACGGGUUCCUACAGGUCUACAAUACACACGCGACUGCUUUAUCAGCUCGAUUUGCAAGAUCGAGUCACGACUAAUCGUGAGAAACAAAAAGCAAUCAAACUCGCCGUCUAUCUUCCUGAGGCAACGGUCCAGCAAUCUUCUUCGCGUUCUGCAAGCCCGGCACCACAACUCCCGACGAUUACCACUGACUUUAUUGUCCAAGAAUCCCCAGUCGAUAGAGAUGCGAUCGACAUCCUGCUCGGUUGCGACGUUCUUCGAUUCCGGAAUGCUGACAUUCACUUCUCUUUGGAUCGGCUCACUUUGUUUGAUGAUGAGCGAAACAAGGUUUCCGUACCGCUUGUCCGGCCUGAAAAUGCUUCAAUAUUCCGAGACCUCCAAACAAGCACUCAUUCAGCAGCAAGGGAAAGCGAAAGAGUGUUGACGAACAAGUCUAUCAAUUUCUUAGCCGAACAGACGUCCAAGCAGCCACACUCCACCGAAAAGCAAGACGCAGAGUCGGAAGUGCCCAUACUAGUGAGUCCGAUCCGAAAGCCUUCUACCCCACCACCCUCUUCACCAUCAGUCAUUGGAGAAGGGCGGAAGACCCUCACCGAGCGGAGCAAUACAAGCAACGGCUUCGGCGCCAGAAAUGCAAGUGAGCAUAUCAAGGACAAUAAGAGCCUCACCAAUGGCGCAACCCCGGAUACGCCUGUGCGAACAGAGAGUAGCAAUAUCUGGACCUCUUGGAGACGAGACUCUACUCACGGCGACCGACCGGAACCAGCGCCUCCCAGUGCAAGCUCAGCAUCUGGCUACCAGAAAGCAGGUCGUGGUCGAGGUAUGAAAGUGCUGAAACCUGCGAGACUCAAUACCUCAAGAACUCCCUCCUCCCCACAACCAGUCGGUUUUGAUGCAGCUCCGUCACGAUGGGGAGAGUCCAACAAAUCCGGUGCCCCGCGGAAAGAGGACCCUAGCCCUGCUACUGCGAGCGAUCGAAGGUCCUUCUCAAGCGAACCAAAGCCUCCGUUGAGCAGUAAGCUUAGCUCAUCCAAUCCGGUCGGUGGUGCCUCUGCUUUUGGCUGGCUCAAUCCUGGACAAAAGGACCAGAAGGAAUAA